UUCAUAUAUUACAAGCAGAUAAGCUAGGCCUUGACUGAGUGAAUUCAGUAAAAUCAAUUGUUUAAUGCCUGUUACAGAAAUCGGACUUCGGAGUACCUACAGUAACUUUACAAGUUUUUUUUAUUUUGUUGUUCAGUUUCUUAAUACUCAAUUUUUAAAACAAAUAACAUUAUCUAUUAAGUCUAGAUAUAGGAAAUAUCUUACACAUUUUUAUAAUACAAAAUUGAUAUAAAACAAUGAUUUAACUUCAUUUCGAUUUGUUUCUAAUUACGAUUCCCAUUAAAACAUUUCAAGUAAUGCUUCAUGGCCCAUAUUAGCACAAGUGAAACUGGUAACUGUGAAAGAUUGCUAAGAAAUCUAUUAAAUUCAGUGAAGCAAUGCCAAAGACGUUUUGGGAGUUGCUCUGAAAUAGCAACUGAAUCUGACCAGGAAGUCGCUAAUUUGUGUCAAUGUUUUGAAGCAGUUUUAAGUCAUGGAUUAAAACCAAUCAAUACUGAAGAAAAAAGUUCUUUGUUAAAACGACAAGUAUCUAAAAUAGUCAUUGGUUUGUCAGAUACUGACAAAAGUCAAAAUCAUUCAUCAAUCCCAUUCUGGUAUUUUAUAAAAGAAGUUUUAAAAGAACCCGAGCUUCAACGUUUUAAUUUGUUAGCAAAUAUUAGAAAUGAUUUUGGUCGCGGAAAAGCUUGGUUGAGAGCAUCAAUUAAUGAAAGAUGCUUGGAAAAAUAUAUGCAUUUAUGUAUAAAUAAUCAUCUGCUCAUUAAUAAGUAUUAUAAAGAAUGGGCCUUUAUGAGAAAUUGUGAAAAAAAUUCCAUACUACCUAAUACAGCUGCAGGGUUAUCGUCAAUUGUGUUUGCAUUAAAUAUAGAUAAGACAGAAUUUAACAAAGAUAUGACAGAGUCUUCAUUUAAUGAGCCUAUUAUUGAUGGAGAUGGUGAUUUGUUACUAAAGAACAAUAAUAGUGGACACAGUAAAAAAAUUAAGGCAAAUGUUAUUAAUUUUGACCAAAAUGGAGAUGAUAUUCAACCAGCUGAUGAAGUAAAGUCUGAUGAAGAUGUUAUAUUUGCAGCCGGAGAUGAAACAACACCAACAAGUUCUUUUAAUAACAUGACAGGAUAUUUUAUUGGAGAGUUUAAAGAUUUGGCAUCGACAGAAAAAGAAUUGGAAAAAAGGUUUAGAAAAUUGAGCCCUAUCAAUGAGUCAAAUGAAAUUUAUGAAGUUUUUGUUCCUGUAACAUCGUUAAGCCUGCCUUGUGACACAGAUGAUGAAAGUAAAUCUUUGGGAUCCAAUGAUGAUACCAAUAGUUUAUAUAGAGCUGAAGAGGAAAAAACUCAAAUUUUAAUGUUAGAGAAACAAUUAAAAGAAAAAAUUGCUGAUUUAGAAACAAAAAUUACAGAAUUAGUUCGAGAAAACGACUUGUUAAAACAUCAGUUGCGAAAGUAUGUCAGUGCGGUACAAUUAAUGAAACAAGAUGAAAACGAAAGCGAAGAAGUUAAAUUAUAUCAACAAAAAUUGAUCCAGGUUGCUGAGAUGCAUAGUGAAUUAAUAGAGCUCAAUUCACAUUUAAAUGAUCAAAUGAUAGCAAAAGAUAAUUGCAUUACCAAAUUGAGAACAGAAUUAGUAGCUCUAAGAGGUCCAUUACCGUCAGAUGAAAUUCCUCAUACAAAUAUUCAUUUAUGGGUUCCAUCUGCAUUUCUGGUUGGUCGAAUAAAUGAUCCUCAUCAUGUGUACCAAAUUCAUAUACGUAUACUUAAUGAAGAAUGGAAUGUAUAUCGAAGAUAUUCUCAAUUCACAGAGUUUCAUAAACAGUUAAAAAAACAAUAUAGCGUAGUUUCAACAAUUGAUUUACCACCUAAAAAAACCAUCGGAAACAAGGGUGCUAAUUUUGUAGAAGAACGACGGAAAAGACUUCAAAUAUAUUUAAGGCAAAUAAUCAAUUUUUUAAUUACGAUAAAUCGAACAUUGGCGAGUUCACCUAAUAAAUACAAAUUGGUUAGCCUUAUACCAUUUUUCAGUGAACAAUACAAUCAAAGUUAUAAUGGGAAACGUUCAUGGCUAAAUUUAGGAUGCUUUAUGCCUCAAAAUUCUGUGGUGGAUUUAAACAAUAGCUCUCAACCACAGUACACUGGAUUAUGACAUUUGUACCAUGAUAACCUAUUUACAUAUUUACUGUUACAGUUAUAUAUUUAGUAUGAUUAUCGUCUGUGAUUUAUAUCUAAGGAUUUUAUCUUAAAAAUAAUAACUUAUUAUUAUACAAAAAAUAUAAGAUAUAUUUACUAUUAUACAGUUACUCGCGAGGGAGACCUUCAAUUUUCAAAAUUUAUGCUUUUGGUAUCUUGAUAUCUGGAAAAACAAUAUAUCACAUUUCACAAAACAUUUUUAGAUAAGUGAUGGAUACAUUUUGUAAACUAACUGUUAUGUGAAUAUAAGCAUGAACAAACUAUACAUUGGAAAUUUUGACAUACAAUUAUGCCCUUUAGUUAUGAGGAUACUUUGUAUAUGGAUGAUUUUCAGAUAUACCUCUUAUGAAAGACAUAACUGUUAGUUGUACAUAUGUUUUUUGUAUCUAAUGAAAAUUUAAUAUUAAGCAUACCUGCUGCUCUCCCUGCGAGUGCUAAUAUGUUUAAUUUUACGAAUAUUGAAUAUAUUACUAGUUAUUGAA